CGGAGCGAUCCGGGCGGUGAGGCGGUUUAUGAGGCGCCGCCGGCGGGCGGGUAGGACUCAGUGUGAGGCGAGCCGUGCAGCGGGAAGGUCGCGCAGCGUGCGCCCUGUGCAGCCCUCAGCUCCCACCGCACCCCGCAGCCAGGCCGGGCCACCAUGGCUGAUCAACUGACAGAAGAGCAGAUUGCAGAAUUCAAAGAAGCUUUUUCACUAUUUGACAAGGAUGGUGAUGGUACUAUAACUACAAAGGAGUUGGGGACAGUGAUGAGAUCACUUGGUCAGAACCCCACAGAAGCAGAGCUACAGGAUAUGAUCAAUGAAGUAGAUGCUGAUGGCAACGGCACAAUUGACUUCCCAGAGUUUCUGACAAUGAUGGCAAGAAAAAUGAAAGAUACAGAUAGCGAAGAAGAAAUUAGAGAAGCGUUCCGUGUCUUUGACAAGGAUGGUAAUGGUUACAUUAGUGCUGCAGAACUCCGUCAUGUGAUGACAAAUCUUGGGGAGAAGCUAACAGAUGAAGAAGUUGAUGAAAUGAUUAGGGAAGCAGACAUUGAUGGUGAUGGUCAAGUAAACUAUGAAGAGUUUGUACAAAUGAUGACAGCGAAGUGAAGACGUUGUACAGAAUGUGUUAAAUUUCUUGUACAAAAUUGUUUAUUUGCCUUUUCUCUGUUUGUAACUUAUCUGUAAAAGGUUUUUCCCUUACUGUCAAAAGAUUAUGCAUGUAUAGUAAUUAGAAGGCCAUUCCUCCAUGUUUUUCUCCUUUAUCUUACUGUCAUUGUUCUGAUUUUUGGAAAAUUGAUCUAAGUAACAAAUGUUGCAUGUGGCUUACUCUGGAUAUUUAAGCCCUUCUGCACAUCUAAAGUUAGAUGAAGUUGGUUAACUGAGGGAACAUCUGGAUUGUCUAUUAAAAAGUAGCUUUCUCUAGGAAACCUAGGUAUGACUAGUGUGACAAGUUACAUAAAGUAAGCUAGGGCUUACCAUGCAUUAGCUGAUCCUUAGUUAAAGCAACAUGCUGGCUCUACUUCUUGAGUACAUAGGAGUUUUUCCUAUAGGAGUUUUUACCACUUUCUGUGAUGGGAGGAUAAGGACUCUUGCAGCUUAACUGCAGGAUAAAAUGAUGUGAAUAGCAUAUGUAAUGUGGCUAAUGCACUGUAAAAGUCAUUCUCCUAGCUUACUUCACAGUAACUUGUUUGUGGCCAUACCUGUAACAUGUUGUUGAAAUGUGGAGUCUUAACGUUGUAGACGAUUGACAGUCAACAAUAUGAAACUUAAGUUGCACUAAUGCAAAACGGGUGAUUUAUCCAGGUACUCGUACACAAGUUUUUUUUGUACUGCUGGUCCUGUGCCAGAAAACAUUUUCUCCUCUUGUUACUAUGCUUUUUAAACUUUGUUUAGCCACUUAUUUUCAAAAAAAUCUGCUUAUGGCACGAUUUGCCUCAAAUCCAUUCCAAGUUGUAUAUUUGUUUUCCAAUAAAAAAUUACAAUUUACCCAUA